CCAAAACCCUACGCCGUGCCCCACCAUGCCGAGCCUCGCCGCCGCCGCUGCCGCUCGCCGCGCCGGGGAGGCCCUGCGCCGCGGCGCGACGGGCGGUGCGCGGUAUCUCUCCUCCCUCCGCCCGUCGCCCGCGACCGCCGCCGCAUCCGACAGCGACGAGGUUCUGGUGGAAGGCAAGGCCAGCGCCCGCGCCGCCGUGCUCAACCGCCCCGGCCAUCUCAACGCCCUCACCACCACCAUGGGGGCUAGGCUCAAUAAGUUCUAUGCGUCAUGGGAGGACAGCCCAGACAUUGGUUUCGUCAUGAUGAAGGGCAGCGGCCGAGCAUUCUGUGCUGGUGGGGAUAUUGUUCAAUUGCACAAACUUAUGAAUGAGGGCAAGUUGGACGAGUGUAAGGAUUUUUUCAGGACUUUGUACAGUUUCAUCUAUGUUCUUGGGACGUACUUGAAGCCACAUGUUGCCAUUCUUGAUGGUGUUACGAUGGGUGGUGGAGGAGGUGUUUCCAUUCCUGGAACAUUUCGUGUUGCUACUGAUAGAACAGUGUUUGCCACUCCAGAAGUACAUAUUGGCUUCCACCCGGAUGCUGCUGCCUCCUUUUAUUUGUCACACCUAACUGGUCAUGUUGGGGAAUACUUGGCCUUGACUGGUGAAAAAAUCAAUGGAGUGGAUAUGGUUGCGCUUGGCCUUGCCACACACUAUUCCAUGGCUGAUCACCUGGAACUGGUCGACGAACGGCUUGCUAGAUUGGUAACUGAUGAUCCAUCAGUUAUUGAUACUUCCCUCGCACAAUACGGAGACCUUGUUUAUCCAGAUAAGACAAGCAUUGUGCAUAGGCUGGAGGUUAUAGACAAAUGCUUCAGCCAUGAAACAGUUGAAGAGAUCGUUGACGCAUUGGAAAGUGAAGCAGCUAGGUUGAAUGAAGAAUGGUGUACGUUGGCACUGAAAAGAUUGAAAGAGGCCUCUCCACUUGCUUUGAAAGUAUCGCUACGAUCGAUACGCGAAGGUAGAUAUCAGACACUUGAUGAAUGCCUUGUACGCGAAUACCGCAUGUCUGUCAAUGGGAUCUCGAAGCCACUUUCCCAUGAAUUCAGUGAGGGUGUCAGAGCACGACUAGUGGAAAAGGAUUUGGCUCCAAAGUGGGAUCCUCCUGCCCUUGAGUUUGUUUCGGAGGACAUGGUUGAUUCUUACUUUGCACCUCUGGGUGAAUUUGACGCUGAGCUGAAGCUGCCUACAGAACUGCGAGAGGCAUUCGUAUAGUCGAAGAUGGUUCCAGGGAUGGGGUGUUGUUUGAGAUGCAAUAGAUUUUUGAGCCCAUUGUUGUUGGCAGCACAUAAGCAAACUAGGAUGGGAUGUGGGAUGGGCAACCUAUUCAUGUACCAUACACCAACAACCCCUCGGCGUGUUGGAGAACUCGAUCGCCAAGAGGAACUCGUGCUUUUUCUUUCUUACCUAAUGUUAUAAAUUAGCAUCUAUCAGUUUUACUAUUUGACUCGGGGAGGAAGCCCCUGCAGCAUAGUGCAAAAAGAAUGGUCGUCUGCUUGUGUGGUAAUAUCUUGAUGACUUGAUGUAGCCUUUUCCUCCUGAACUGUUGUGUCAGUCAAGGGCUAGAGAUAUAUUUUA